GCGGCGGCGGCGGCGGCGGCGGCGGCGCUGUUCCCCGCGCGGUCCGCGCAGCGGGGUCCGGGCUGCGUGUCUCGGGCGGUGGCGGCGGCGGCAGCACUGCGGCCCCGGCCCGAGCCCGACCCCGGGUCCCUUCCCCGGCCGCCCCCCGCCCACGGGCCGUCCUCCCGGGCCCGCCGUCCCCUCCCCCGCUGGCGGGGCCCGGACAGAAGAUGGUGCAGAAGAAAACAGCCGAACUUCAGGGCUUCCACCGUUCGUUUAAGGGGCAGAAUCCUUUCGAGCUGGCCUUCUCCUUAGAUCAGACCCAUCACGGGGAGACUGACUUCAGCCUGGAGUGCCCUGCCCGCCCUGAUAUGCCCACGAGCCAGCCCAUCGACAUCCCGGAUGCCAAGAAGAGAGGCAAGAAGAAGAAGCGGUGCCGGGCCACCGACAGCUUCUCGGGCAGGUUUGAGGACGUCUACCAGCUCCAGGAGGAUGUGCUCGGGGAGGGCGCCCAUGCCCGCGUGCAGACCUGUGUCAACCUCAUCACCAACCAGGAGUACGCUGUCAAGAUCAUCGAGAAGCAGCCGGGCCACAUUCGGAGUCGGGUUUUCCGGGAGGUGGAGAUGCUGUAUCAGUGCCAGGGACACAGGAAUGUUCUAGAGCUGAUAGAGUUCUUUGAGGAGGAGGAUCGCUUCUACCUGGUGUUUGAGAAGAUGCGGGGCGGCUCCAUCCUGAGCCACAUCCACAAGCGGCGGCACUUUAACGAGCUGGAGGCCAGCGUGGUCGUGCAGGACGUGGCCAGCGCCCUGGACUUCCUGCACAACAAAGGCAUCGCCCACAGGGACCUAAAGCCAGAAAACAUCCUCUGUGAGCACCCCAACCAGGUCUCCCCCGUCAAGAUAUGCGACUUUGACCUGGGCAGCGGCAUCAAACUCAACGGGGACUGCUCCCCCAUCUCCACUCCGGAGCUGCUCACCCCGUGCGGCUCGGCCGAGUACAUGGCCCCCGAGGUGGUGGAGGCCUUCAGUGAGGAAGCCAGCAUCUACGACAAGCGCUGCGACCUCUGGAGCCUGGGCGUCAUUCUCUACAUCCUGCUCAGUGGCUACCCGCCCUUCGUGGGCCACUGCGGCAGCGACUGCGGCUGGGACCGCGGCGAGGCCUGCCCGGCCUGCCAGAACAUGCUGUUCGAGAGCAUCCAGGAGGGCAAGUACGAGUUUCCUGAGAAGGAUUGGGCCCACAUCUCCUUUGCUGCCAAAGAUCUCAUCUCAAAGCUCCUUGUCCGCGACGCCAAGCAGAGGCUGAGCGCCGCCCAAGUUCUGCAGCACCCUUGGGUGCAGGGGUGUGCUCCAGAGAACACUCUACCCACACCCAUGGUCCUGCAGAGGAACAGCUGUGCCAAAGAGCUCACGUCGUUUGCGGCUGAGGCCAUCGCCGUGAACCGGCAGCUGGCUCAGCGAGAGGAGGACGCAGCCGAGGAGGCGGGGCAGGGCCCGCCCGUGGUCAUCCGAGCUACCUCACGCUGCCUGCAGCUGUCCCCGCCCUCUCAGAGCAAGCUGGCCCAGAGGCGGCAGCGGGCCAGCCUGUCUGCGGCCCCCGUGGUCCUGGUGGGAGACCACGCGUGACCCCUCGCCCCCUCUGUACAUAGGUCACUCCUCCCCCUCCCCCCACCCCCCAGUCACAUCUAAAGAUUUUUUUAAGCUGUUGCCAGCCGGUGACCAGCAGGCUGCCCUCCCCUGGCUGGACCCCGAGGCCCUAAGCUCAGUUGGGGGGGGCUCUUUUUAUAUGAGGUUUUUGCUGUUGGGUUUUUUUCUCCUUUUUUCUGCCCUACCCCCAUUUUUGUUGCCCUUUAAAGGUGUUGAAAGCAAAGCAGACGCCUGGGGAGGAGAGUGGCGGAUGCGUGUCGCUGGGCUUGCCCGGUCCCUGCCUCCCCAGUCCCAGAUGCUCACCUGUACUGUGAAGGUCCCCCGCCCGCCCGCCCCGCCCCGAUGUGACUCAGGAGAGGAGGCGUUUGUCGUCUUCCAGAGCUGGGGGCACAGGGACGCGCCCCCUCCCCAGCCUCACAGUAUUUCAGGGACGGGCCAACCCCACACCUCCCCUCAGUGACACAGCAGCUCCUUCAUCCCGCACCCGGGAGACACCCUGGUGGCCGGGUGGGGUGGGGGCUUCUCAGGUCUCCCUCGUGGCAGGUGGGGUCCUGGGUGCAGGCAGCUGGACUCCCCCCUUUGACUGACAAUCGGGGCUCUCGCAAACCUUGACCUUAAGCUGCAGCUGACCCGGGGUGGGGGGCUGCACCCACUGCCCCCUCCCCUGCCCACCCAGGAGGGCGGUGCCAGAGGAAGUGGGAGGGGCUGGACAGGCGCCCGUCAGCCAACGUGGGGGUCCCAGAGACCCCCACCCCGGGCACCCGAGUGCCCCUUCUCAGGGCUCAGUCUGACCACGGCCACGUCCCGCCCCUUGUCACCCUUGGGGUCUGAUGUGGAAGCUCUGUCAGCCCCCUUCCUCCUCAGAGCCAGGGCCCACCCAGGGGUCCUGCUGAAGCCCCCCACCCCCCAAGGGCAGCGUCUCGACUCUGCCCACCUUCAGGAAAAUGGCCGCCGCUGCCACGGCCUCCUUCCGGGCACCCAGGAAUCGCCAUGCCCGCCUCUGCCCACCUCGGCGCUGGGGUCACACGUCGAGGGGCCUGCUAGGCUUGGGGAGACCAGUGCCCCUCCUCGUCCUCGGGUGGGAAACACUAUGCAAUACAGGCCCCCCUUCUCCACGCACACGCGCUCCUGCCGCCCGGGGAGGGUCCCUGCGACUCCCGCCAAGGCAGCGUGGCCUGGGGUCUGGCCGGGUCUCCAUGGCAGGCCAGGGCCUGGAAAGCCCUCUGGCUUCUAGUUGUUCGUCCUGUUUUGUUAAUUUUUUAAAGACAUCAGUUGACUUCCCUUCCCUGUUCUUGAAUACUUGAAUGUUGGGGGGCCUCGUGGGUGGGGGGGCCCAGAUGCUGUUUCUGUGGCAGUCUCUGGUGGCUGGUGGGGACUGACACCCCCUCCGGUCCCCCUGCCCGCCUGGAUCUGUGGACUGGCCUUUCCAAAGACCCCGGGGGGGGGGGAGGCCGCCCCCACCCCCACUUCGUGCCCACCGGUGAUCCUACGCGUUGCAACUGGGGAUUCCGCCUUUUUGUAAAAAAGAAACAAACGGACCCCCCGCCCGCCACAGGCGCCUUGGCCGUUUUACUCUGGAACGCAGAGCUGUGAGGAGCUUUUUUUUUUUCCCAAAGGUGGGACAGCCACUUCCUCCACCCGCCACAUGUCACGUGGGCCGUGGGAGCUGGAGAGACUGUCGGAACCGUUACUGUGAAUGAGCGCCUGGCUCCCAGGCCACCUGGCCCUGCGGGAGGGGAACGGCCACGUCUCAAUGUUAAGAUGUGUAAAAAAAGACAAAAAAAAAAACUCAAGUUUUUUAAAAGUGGGGGGAAAACACCCAAGCACUUUAACUCCACCGCACCAGGUGAAUCGAUACAGCUCAUUUUCCUUACACCAACUGUCAAUGCCGGAAUUUUGUAUUGUUUUGUAAGGAUUUAAUAAAAGUCAUAAAAACUUG